UUUUCCCCCAAACCAGAGAAACAUCCCCCAACCACGAUUAACAUCGCUGCAUCCAUUGGCGAAGGUUGAAAACAUCCCAAGCACACCUCUCGGCCCCAGCUAUAUAAACGGAACUUCUCCAUCGCUACUGAACCCAGACGUAACGGGGCGACAACGCAACCCACCGUAACUAUAACUCCUGCAAUUGCACAGAAACCCACCGCCCAGUAAAGGCACCAGGACACGAUGCAUCUCCCUCGCAUCCUCUGGACGGGGCUAGCCGUAGCCACGCUCAGCACCUUAGCCACAGGGAAGGACCUUCACCACGGGACGAAACUUCAUCCCGUCCUCCAGCAGAAACCCGAAGGUGUGAGGACUCUGCCAGCUGUUCUCAGGACGAUCCGCGACGCCACGAGAGAUGAUGAGACGUCCUGCAGCCUCUGUCCUGCGGCGCUGAGCUUGAGUCCUUGUAAAUGUACGUGCAAGGACAGCGGCCAGGCAGAAUUGGUAUGCGGGGCAGAACUCACCUCGUGCUCACAGCUCACGGAAAUACUAAACAAGCAGGUCUUUCCUACCUCACACUACUAUAAGCUGACUGUUGAUGGAACGCAGCUUGACUGUGUUAUCGAAAGAGACCUGUGGGGCCCGCUGGACUUCGAGAAAAUCGUUUUCGCCAAGAACCAGUUCACGACCGUCGACAACCACGCCUUCAUUUCGUUCAAGGACACGCUGAAGACUCUGAAUCUCGAGAAUAACAAGAUAUCGAAUUUCUUCUUUCCUGUAAUCAACGAGUUACCAAAUCUAAGAGAAUUUGUGAUCAGAGGGAACGAAAUCAACUUUAUUCCUGGAUACGCUUUCAUCAACAGCAGUUCUAUAAGGGUGUUCAAGGCAUCACGUAAUCAGCUGGUUCUCACAUCCGACACAUUCUCAGGACUUCCCCUACUCGAAGUGCUUGAUCUGUCAUACAACAAGAUUUCGAAGCUCUCGACCCACGUCUUCAGGAUCCCGAAUCACCAGGCAGACAAACUGGAGAUCGACCUCUCCUACAACGAAAUUCAGGAAAUAGCGCCUAACGCAUUCUCGGGGGUGAGAGGUUGCAUGAUCAAUCUGCGCAAUAAUAAGUUGAUCACUCUGCCUGAGAAGACCUACCGACCCGUCAUCGACUUCACGGACACGAGGGUCGCCUUCUCUGUAACAGAGAACCCGCUUGACUGCGACUGCGACAUCAGCUGGAUCGUGCAGAACGCCACCGUCUCGAGCUGCUUCGACAACUUCCACUGCCCCAACCUGAACGAGGGCCUCAGCACCAUCACCUCGUCGGACCUCGGCAAUUGCACCUUCAGAAAACGGGGUUAGCGCCUCCAAUCGGCAUCCGGAGACACACACACACUCACUCACUCACUCACUCACUCACUCACUCACUCACUCACACACACACACACACACACACACACACACACACACUCAC